AUGUUUGUAUGGCCCUCGACCACUCGCAAUAAGGCGAAGUACACGGGGUACGGCCCACCAAACUACUCUCGCGAAAGGCUCAAUUCGAAUGGCUUUUCCGAGUCAUAUUCCACUACCCCGUCGUCGGUUUCGCUUAAUACUGACUACCGACAGCAUCUGGGCUUCACCUCCUCGCGUUAUCGCAGUGGUGGCAACGACUGCUGCUCCAGCGACCAGGGAUGUGACCAUGACAGAGAAGAUGAGAGUCCAGGUGGCGGACGAGAUUCCGGAGGAGGAAACGGGGAAAAUGGAGGAGGGAAUGAUCAGGGAGACAACAACAAGCACAGCCGAUUACCUCCACUGCCAUCUAUUGACGGAUAUGGACCCUUGGUGCCUAUUGUGCCGCAAUUCUUCCACAGCAACAGCUUCUACCGAUCAGUGAAACUGUCGACCGGUCAACCCGUGCUUGUCACUGUGUCUGCCGAAGGAACGCUCGAAGACCUUAUUCGGGUUUCGUAUGAGUGGCAACUACUAAGGGGAGAUGUGGAGGAAGAGAAGGCGCAGACGGAGCCAACGACAGAUGGAGGAGAGGCAACGAGAUCGGACAGCUUCAGAGACAAUCUAACAAACAAAGACUGGGCUGGCCAGGAGUACUCUUUGCCACGCGAUCUUGCGGGAAUUCUACGACCCUCGGAGCUGGUUCAGGUCAGCUCAGAGCCUCCCAUCUCAGCCCUCAUCUUUGACAACAAUGAGAAGCUUAUGACUUUGCGCGAGAAGUUUCUGGAUGUGGACAUUUGCGAGGAAGAGGAUGUUUCGCCUAUUCGCCCUCUCAAUCCCGACUUGGAGGCCACCCCUCUGAAACCCAAGGUCGUCAGCACCAAUGGUCAACAGAAGUCGCCUGUCAAGCUGACUAUUUCGCCUGCGACAGCCAACGGGGUGGCUGGAAUGGCUGCAGGUGCACCGACGCCGUUUUCGCCAACUCCCUUCCACAGAACCAAGGACGAGAUCCUCGAGAUCCUCAGAGCCAUCAUUUCCGUUCUCACAACAAUCGCAGAGGCCCAUCAGCAUAACAUUACCCACCACGGCCUCAACCCAGGACGAAUAUUCCUGAAUGAAAAGGGCGAGACCUUCAUUUCAUCGUGGGACUUCUCCUUCUGUCUGCGAGUCGAAGAUCCAGCCAAGGGAUACAGGAGAACCCACAUCAAGCAGAUGGGCAACAACAUGUACUACGUGUCGCCUGAGACUACUGGUGAAAUGAACCGAUUGGUGGACUUCCGGGCAGACUUCUACUCCAUUGGGUGCAUUCUCUACGAGCUUCUCAUUGGAUCUCCACCUUUUAAAUCAGCUGACCCUCUCGAGCUCGGCUAUAUGCAUGUUUCGUGUGCCCCUGUAGCACCACAGCUGUUGGCUUCUUGGGUUCCCGAGCAGCUGGGAGCUGUGGUGAUGAAGCUGCUGGAGAAGAACUCGGACUCACGAUACCAGACUGCCGAAUCGAUCAUUUCUGAUUUGGAAUACAUUUACGACUGCUUGGAGAAGGAUGUCAAGCUGGACAAUGCUUUUGAGCCUGCUUCUGGCAGCACUAAUGUACUCUCUCGAUUCUUGGUCCCUCAGCUCAUUUACGGCCGAGACUCGGAGAUCACCACCAUGAGCACGGUGUACGAAAAGCUUCUGGAAAAGGGAUGUGCGCAGAUGAUUGUUGUGCGAGGAGAUCCUGGUAUUGGAAAGUCACGGCUAGUGUACGAACUGGAGAAGUCUGUCAUUGCUCGUCAUGGAUACUUCGCCAUGGCUAAGUUCGACCAGUAUCAGCGAGUUCCUCCGUUCUACACCACAAUCACUAUUUUGAAUGAUCUGAUUCACCAGCUACUGAGUGCAUCGCAAACCACCAUUCUUAACUGGCGUGAAAGAAUUCUCACUAACAUUAAGGUUGACAUGAGUGUUCUAUUUGGACCUAUUCCUGAACUGAGACAACUCGUUGGUCCUGAUUAUCAUGACAUUGUGCCCGAGGGACCUCCCCUUGGUCCUGUCAAGCGUGAGCUACGAAUCAAGUACCUGGUCAAGUCUCUUUUCUGUCUCUUUGGUGUGUUUGGCCUUGCCAUUUUCCUCGACGACAUUCAGUGGUGUUUCCCAACCGAUUUCGAGUUUUUCGUCGAGCUUCAGUCGUUCGCCAAAGAGAACCACUUCGAUGAUGUCCGCGUGACUCUGGUUUGUUCUGCUAUUUGCAACGAUGAUCCUUUGGCAUCAAAGUGCAACUUCCUGUUAGAUAUUAUCAAACAGACUGAUGCUCCAUUCGUUGAAAUCGCAUUGCAGCCCCUAGCCAAGGAGGCAGUUCGGCAGAUCAUCGCCCAAACCCUGUCGAUCCGGCCUGCCAUAGCUGGUUCUUCUGAGCGCCGGGCCUCAGUCAGCAGGAAAUCGAGCUUCACUUACGACACCGACGUGUCCUCUGCUCCUGCUUCUGCAGUGGCUGUGUCCUCUACGGAUCCUCAGGUCGAAUCUCUCACAGACACUGUGUACCGUAUAACAGAAGGUAACCCGCUCUUCAUCAGUUGUCUACUAAGAUAUCUGUACUACCGGGGCUACAUCUACCUGGAUCAAAACACCCGAGGUGGAAACAGCAACAUUGGCAAGUGGAAGGUGGAUUUCGAUAUGCUGUUGUCUCAUACUCUUCCGCGGUCUGUUCAGGAGACUACCAUUUCUAUGUACGAGUCUCUACCUCCGUUGACUUACAAGAUCAUCCGAUAUGCUGCUUGCAUUUGUUCCAAUACUUUCACCCUGGAAGAUUUGGCCCUGUCAUUGGAAAUUUCGUUCAGUGAGGCUGCUGAGGCUCUAUAUCCUGCUUUGGAAGUGGAGCUGAUUCUUCCCACCACUCUGCACUACAAGUUUCCUUUUUCCAAGGCCGACGGUGAGCUCAAUCUUUCGAACGACCAGAUCCGUCAGAUUGCCCGACAGGCCAAGUAUCGAUUCUACCACGAUCUGGUCCAGCAGUCUGUGUACUUUCACAUUGAUGACAAUGAGAAGGCUGAGAUCCAUCGUCAAAUUGGUUUGCGACUCUUGGGUAAGCAUGAUGCCAAGAAGAUGCCCGCCCACAAGGUGCUGGAGAUUGCCACUCAGCUUCGAAAGGCUCUCACCAUUGUGCGAGAUGAUGAGAAAAUCAUCUACCGAGAUCUCAACAUUCAGGCCGGUCAUCUUGUGUUUGACAUGACUGAUUUCGACAUGGCCUUUAGGUUCUUUGAUGUGGCAAAGAAGCUGUUGCCUCCAGACCCUUGGAAACACCAUGAAGCCAUCACUCGUGACAUUUACCUGUCGCUGAUGGAGCUUCAGUUCCUGCGAAAGAAGCAUCAAUCUUGUUUGGAACUCAUUGACCAAGUCUUUCCUCACUGUACCGACAUCAUGGACCAGGCUCAGUGUCUGAAAACUAAGGUCAAGGCUCUUAGUGCUGUUAAGAAGAAGGAUGAGGCCAUUGCGGCUUCUUUGGAGGUUCUGGCUCUGCUUGGAUUCCAUCUUCAGGAGGAUGAGGAGUGGAAUGAGAAGAACUACUCUAUUCUUCGUCACCGAAUCCCUCUGUCUGUUGGUGAGAUUCGAGAUCUGGCUCACAAUCCUGUGACCAAGGAUGUGCGUAUGUUGCUAGCCCACGAGGUCAUUUUCAUCACGCUGAUCCCCGUGCUGCUGUCCAACCGAAAGCAUUUCAUUCGGUCUCUGACUCUGGUGGCUGUUACUGCAUUUUUGGACUAUGGUUCCUCUUCCGUCUGCGCGUUCUCUCUGCUAACUCUUGCCUCGCACUUCCAAAAGGACGGAGGAAGCAUCAACUUGACCCGGGCGUACGAGUACAGUAAACUGGCUAUUGUCACAUUGGAAUGUGACUCUACGGUGAAUCUCGAUUUCGGCAUGAACACGUACGAAUACUACGUUUUGACUCUAGCCAUCUAUUUCGAGCCCUUGAGUGAGGUUAUUAGAUAUUACGAUAUUGUCAUGAAGACGGGACAGACUAUCUACGACCCCCAUGGAACGGUGGCUUUUUCGCUUGGCUUACGGCCCAUGUGCAAGUUCCUAGCUGGUGAGUCCCUCCAAAGCAUCCACACCAUGUUUGUGAACCUAGAGGCCUCCACCACACAGCUGGACCAUAGAAUCUCGCGUCUCUGGCUGAAGAUUCACACUCAAGCGAUCCUCAAUCUGAUGGGUGAUGGUCACAACGAUCCCUCCUGUCUGGAGGGGGAGCUGCUUGGGAACAAGGAGGAUGUAGAGGAGAUCAUGUCAAGCAAGGCUGAAGAGGUGCAAUAUGCCUACAAUGUGUGUCGUCUACUGCUGGCUGUGGUGUACAAGCACAAGUAUGUUGCUUCUGACAUCAUUCUGCAUGAUCUCAAAUAUACCAUGACCACUCUCCCCGUUACCGUUUAUCACGUGAUUGUCACUUUCUACGGAGCUCUUGCUAUCAUUGACUCUGAGGGAAGGUACAGUGAGGAGAGCGAGCCUCUUCUGGAGCAGUUUGCCCGUGAUCUGGAGGACUGGAGUGCUACCUGUCCUUCAACUUUUUUGCACAAGCACUUGUGUAUCAAGGCCGAGCUGCAUAAGCACACGUGUGACUCUAUCAUCACUCUCGACACCUACGAGGAAGCCAUUCAAGCUGCUCUCAAGGAGGGAUUCCUUCAGGAUGCCGCUGUUAUCAACGAGCGAUGCGGUGACUGGCUGCAAACCCACUCCAAGAAUCGGUCUGUCGCUUACUACCAGGAGGCUGCCAAGUUCUACGGUGCUUGGGGAGCUCGUCUUAAGGUCAACCAGCUCGUUCACAAAUACCCGGAGAUUCAGUCUUCAAACUACGAGCUCAACCACUUGACGCUCUUGACGAAUACCUCUGCUUCUUCCAACGCGUACUACUCAGACCUGCGAGCUCGAUCUUCUCUCAUCAGCAACUCUGUGCUGGUGCAGUCUCCUCUUCGUUGGAUUCUGUCUUCUCUGCUUCGAGAGGAGGAGAACAAGGAGCAGAUCCCCACAAAGGAUAUGACUCCCAACGCCCUACAGGCCCUGGCUGUUAAUGAUGAGAGUGAGAUCAUCACAUCCCCUCUUAUCAUGCAGGGUAUCGGUGCGGGUAAGGUUAUGAACCAGCAGGGUGAGGAGACAUCUGGACGAGUGGUACUUGACCACAACACUAAGCACACUCAGAUGCUGAAGGGCAAGAAAACUGAUGAACAGGAUGUCAAGAGUGCUCUGCAGGCCUGCCUGGAUAUCUCUGAGGCCAUCGACACCAACUCGAUUGUUCGAAAGCUGAUCGAGAGUGUUCUUGUGAUUGGUGGAGCAGACUAUGCGGUCUUCAUCUCUCUUGAUGACGAUGGGGGACUGUACGUGGACUCUGUGGGUGUUCUUAACACCAUCACUCAGAUUCGCCAUGAGCCUCUGAUUUCUCGAUCGGAUUUGGCUCCCAUGUCUGUUAUUCAGCAUGUGUUGAUCACCGGCACCCCCAUUUCUCGCCAGGCUGACACUCGAAAGUUCGACACUGUGCACGGCCGAGACCACUUCUUCUACAACCGCUCAUACCAGAGUGUCUUGUGUAUGCCCAUUCAGAACCAGAUCAAGAGUGUGGGUAUUCUGUACCUGGAGCAUCAGCACAACUUCCGUGUCUUCUCUCUCCAGCGCAUUGAGCUCAUUUCUCUCCUAUGUACCCAGGCUGCCGUUUCUAUGGAGAAGGCACGUCUCUAUCACCAGAUGGAUCUGGCUAAAAAGGCUGCUGAAGAAGCCACUGCCGAGAAGGCGUCUUUCCUGGCGAACAUGAGUCACGAGAUUCGAACUCCGUUCAACGCUCUGCUCUCAUGUUCUAUUUUUCUGAUGGACACCAAUCUGACUGUUGUGCAGCGUGAGUAUGUCGAUACCAUUCGGUCGUCAGCCAUGCUUACUCUCAACAUUAUUGACGCCAUUUUGGCCUUCAGUAAGAUUGAACAUGGUUCCAUUGAUCUUGAGAACUCUCCAUUUUCUCUGCGAGAGUGCAUCGAGAGUGCCAUUCAGCUUGUUGCUGAGCCAGCUGCCACGAAGGAUCUGGAGCUGGUGCAUCUCAAUCGAUGUGGGGAGGUGGAUAUUGUCAAUGGUGACGUUACUCGAUUCCGUCAGAUUGUCAUCAACUUGGUUGGAAACGCCGUCAAGUUCACCUCCAAGGGCUAUAUUGUGGUGGAGUCGCAUGCUGAGCGUGUCUCUUCUGAUCAUCGAUACGAGUUUGUGAUUUCUGUGACAGACACUGGUAUUGGCAUCCCCAAAAAUGCCCGCGAUAAGGUUUUCCGGGCCUUCUCUCAGGUCGAUGGCUCCGCUCGACGAGUUUUUGGCGGCUCUGGUCUUGGCUUGGCUAUUUCCAAGAAGCUGGCCGAACUCAUGGGCGGAGGCCUCACUUUCGACUCUGUUGAGGGAGAGGGUACCACCUUCUGGUUCAGUCUUGUUGCUCGUGCUCAGGAGCCUUCCAAGGAUAAGGUGAGCAUCUACGAGGGCAAGAAGGUUAUCUUGGCUGACAGCCACGCUAUGGAAAAGGAGAGUCUGCACACUGAACUGGAGCGACUGGGCUUCGACAUAACCUGCUGUGACGACUCCUCUGAGGCCCGAAAGAUUGUGCUGGAGAACCCAACCAACACCUUUGUCUUGGUGUUCAUUGACGCUCGAUCCGUGCCUCAUGAAUCCAACGACUUGCACGACAUCUCCAAUGCGUCGCCCAUAACCAAGUGCCUGCUCAUGUCCCAUUUCGGUGUACCCAUGGCUGAGGAUUUCCAGCAGCAGGGUUACAGUGCUAUUUUGAUGCGACCUAUUCAGCGAAGCCGUCUAGCGGACAUUAUCAAGCGGCUUCUGGAUGACCAGACGUCGUCGGAUGCCAAGAAGGCUCUCAAGAGCGCCCCCAAUGAGAAGGGUAUGCUUCAAUCUCUGGCUGAGCGUCAUCCUCUCAAGAUUUUACUGGCUGAGGACAACAUAAUCAACACUCGAGUGGCUCUGCAGCAUCUGAAGCGCAUGGGCUAUAAUGCUGAGCACGCAAAGGAUGGUGUUGAGGUUCUGCGAAUGUGUCAACGCGAGAUUGACGCCGGUCGCCCCAUGUACGACUGUGUUCUCAUGGACAUCCAGAUGCCCAACAAGGAUGGUAUUGCUGCUUCCCAGGAGCUCAAAGAGCUGUAUAAGGAUGACUGCCCUAAUGUUAUUGCGUUGACGGCCAACGCUGGAGGAGAAGAUCGAAGAAAAUGCCUGGAUGCUGGUAUGGUCAGCUAUCUGGCCAAACCCAUUCUACCGGCAGACCUGGCAGCUGUUCUCAUGUCUGUGCAGGUAGCGGAGCGGGAUACUAAAAAGAUUGAGAAGUGA